CAUCGGUGUCCAGCCAAGCUUGAUUUACCCCCGGUGGUCUACAAUGAAGAUGCUGAGACAAUUGAUGCUCACCAAUAUUGUCAUUCUCAUCCUUUCUGCCACAGUCCUGCUCUGGACGUACAAGCCGUUGCAGGACACCUUAAAGGGCUGGACGUCACCAGCAGUCAAGCUUCUACUAUCUAAACACCAGAAACAUCAUCCGGCUUACAUGGAUAAGCUACUGAAUGCUUCUUGUCCUCAUUAUAAAUCUUCUCUCGGACGAGCUUCGUCUUUCGUGACAGUCAAUCAGACAAAAACACUGCUUAUAUCAGCUUAUCUGGAGCACCGCACUGAAGAAAAAGAGGUUCGUGUGAUUUCAGUGGUGCUGCGGAGCCAAGCAGUAGCCUAUAUCUGCAUCUUACUCUGCCAGGGGCUGGGGUACAUCUCUGAGGGUGUCAGCCACAUCCACAGUGAUCACUUUGGCUUUCCCUACGGGACCGCCGACAUCAUGUGUCCCCUCCCUAUGGGCUGCCAGACACCAUCUCAUAUAGCUGUGACCACUGUUGUACCCAAAGAUGAAGAUAAACUUGAGUUUCUGGAAAUUCAAAACCAACAUCCCAAGAGUGAUUCCUUUCCUUAUAACUUCACUGUCUGUCUCUCCACCAUGUAUGAUUUCACCAACGUGCUUCAGCUGGUACAGAGUUUAGAAAUGUUUCAGUUACUGGGAGUCGACAAGGUGGUCGUCUAUAAGACCAACUGCAGCGCUGAGACGCAGCUUAUACUGGACUACUACACACACAAAGGUUUACUGGAAGUGAUUCCUUGGUCUCUAUCCAGGUUUUUAAAAGUGUCUCGUGGCUGGUUGCCUGAACACGGUCCUGGUGAACUUCACUACUUCGGCCAGAUUCCUGCUCUCACUGACUGCCUUUACAGAUACAUGUACCGGUCCAAAUAUGUGGCCAUGCAGGACAUUGAUGAGCUCAUUCUGCCUCAAUCAGUCAACAGCUGGUUGGAGCUGUUACCACUGCUGGAGAAGAAGUACGGCCUCGACAAGUGUUACAAGUUUGAGAAUAACGUGUUUCCCAACAACGCCCCACUGCCUCUUCCCACCCCACAAACACUGCCUCCACAAGGCUGCUGGGAAAACAUACCUGGGGUGAACAUCCUGGCUCAUCUGUACCAGGAGCCCGCCAGUACUCAGUCUCAGUUUAACAACUUCAAAAUCAUCAUCAGCCCCCGAGCUGUGUUCACCCCAACCGGAGUGCUAACCCCAGAGAACAUCUGUACUUGGGUUGAUAGGAACAUAGCACGGCUGUACCACAAAAGAGCUCAGAAACAAACACGGCUGACACCAGACCAGCUGAUUUAUGAUGGUCGACUACUGAGUUACAGCGCACCCCUUGUACCAGCUGUUAAUACGGUGCUGAAAGAAAGUGGAAUUUUAGCAAAGAACAGCAUAUGCUAG